AUGAUGAAUGGAACCUUCCAAAUCAUUCGCCUGCAUUUCGCCGAGUUCACAAGCUACGACUGGAUUUCCUGGUUCACGCUGAAACUGCAUCCUCUCCUUCCCAGCUUGACUGCAGAGAUGCUCCAGACAGUAACAUCAUACACCGACUGCAACGAAUACCACAUCAUCGUCGGGGCUCUGAGCAGCGACUUUGAGCAGAUGACAUCGCUGAGACAGCAGGAGCUCACCGCAGUCCUGUUGGGCUACCUAAAACAGAGUCAGGCAUCAAGUUUAACUUGUGGGUCUGUCAUCAGCAACCUUAGGAUUUGGCUUGAGGAAAACUUUGGCAAAUUCUCUGUCUAUGUAAAUUACGAAGACCUUAUUAAUGAAGGAUUUGUACAGAUUUUGGACCCUGUGAGCACCUCUCAAUCUACUCCACUAACACCAACAUCUGUAGUGCUUAACAACUCAGAGAACCAAGAACAAUCAACUUUGACCACCAAACAAACACAGUCAUCACAAAAUGUUACACUCAAGCAAACAUCAUCAGCCACAACUACAACUGACCUAAAAAGCAAAACAUUUCCUACUGUUUUUUCAGGAAACACAAUCACUUCGAGUCAACUGGUUUCAAAUGUUUACCCAGACCCUACAGUUAUUCCUAGUCUGUCAAGCACAACUGUUUCUACAGGUUCGUUGAAUUCUGUUGGUGCCCCUGACAGGUCUCCUCAUCAGCUAAGCACGACUAUUGCAUCGGGAAAUGUUUUGAGUUCACCUUUAUCACCUAAUGCUCCCAUUACCACCAACAAUAUUUUGGGUUCAUCAAAACCAUCUGUUCCAGUUGAUUUUACAACUGCUGCAGUUCCUAAAGAUCAGCCAAGCACAACGGUUCCUUUUGACCAAUCAAACAAUGUAAGUCUUCUUGGUCCAUUAACCACAGCAGUUCCUAAUCAGUCAAGUACAACUGCACCUCAUAGUCCCUUCAGCACUAGGGAUCUUUUGGAUUCAAAGACAUCUGUUCCUGAUGAUUCCAAAACUGUUGCAGUUCCCAAUGAUCUGUUAAGUACAAGUCUUACUCCAGGCUAUUCAAACAGUGCAGUUCCAAAUGAUCUGUCAAGCACAACUGCUAAUAAUGGAUUAGUCACUGCUAAAGAAAAAUUGGAUUCAUUAACGAUAUAUGUUCCUAAUGAUUCCACAAUUAAUGCAGUUCCGACUGAUCUGUCAAGUACCAAUAAAGGUCUUUUGUAUUCAUCAAAGACAUACGUUCCUGCCAAUUUCGCAACCGCUGCAGUUCCUAAUGGUUUGUCAAGUACAACUGCUGAUAUUGGACCAGUCACCAUUAAAGAACUUUUGGAUUCAAAGACAUCUGUUCCUGUUGAUUCCACAACUGCUGCAGUUCCUACUGAUCUGUCAAUUACAACUGCUAAUAAUGAACCAGUUAUCACUAAAGGAACUUUUGAUUUAUCAUAUACAUCUGUUCCUAUUGAUUCAACAACUGACACAGUUCCUGAAUUUGAGUCAAGCACAACUGUUCCUCUAGAUCAAUCAAGCAAUGUAGUUCUCCCUAGCCUAUUAACCACAACAGCUGCUUCUGAUCAGUCAAGCACAACUGCACUUAAUGGUCCUAUCACCACUAUAGAUCUUUUGGGUUCAUCAAAGACAUCUGUUCCUAAAUAUUCCACAGCUGCUGCAGUUCCUAUUGAUCUGUCAAGCACAACUCUUUCUUCAGGCCAUUCAAAAAAUGCAGUUCCUAAUUAUCUGUCAAGCACAACUGCUGAUAUCGGACCAGUCACCACUAAAGACCCUUUGGGUUCAAAGACAUUUAUUCCUUUUGAAUCCACACCUACUGCAGUUCUUACAGGUCAAUCAAGCACAAUUGUUCCUGUAGACCAAUCAAGCAAUGCAGUUCUUUCUAGUCUAUUAACCACAACAGCUGCUUCUGAUCAGUUGAGCAUAACUGCACCUAAUGGUCCAAUCACCACUAAACCUCUAUUGAGUUCAAAGAUAUAUGUUCCUGAUGAUUCCACAACUGCUCCAUAUUCUACUGAUCUGUCAAGCACAACUCUUUCACCAGGGCAUUCAAUCAGUGGAGUUCCAAAUGAUAUAUCAAGCACAACUGCUAAUAAUGGACCAGUCACUACUAAAGAAAAUCUGGAUUCAUCGUAUACAACUGUUCCUAUUGAUUUCACAACUGCUGCAGUUCCUGAACAUGAGUCAAGCACAAAUGAUCGUCUAGACCAAUCAAGCAAUGUUUUCUCAAGCACACCUGCUAAUAAUGGACCACUCACCACUAAAGAACCUUUGAAUUCAAAAACAUAUGUUCCUGUUGAUUCCACAACUGCUGCAGUUCCGACAGGUCAGUCAAGCGCAACUGUUUCUCUAGAUCAAUCAAGCAACAUAGUUCUUUCUAGUGUAAUAAUCACAACAGCUGCUUCUGAUCAGUCAAGUACAAAUGCACCUAAUGGUCCCAUCACCACUAAAGAUCUCUUGAGUUCUGAGACAUCAGUCCCUGCUAAUUCCACAACUGCUCCAGUUCAUGCAGGUCAGUCAAGCACAACUCUUUCUCCAGGCCAUUCAGUCAGUGGACUUCCUACUGCUGAUAAUGGACCAAUCACCAGUCAAGAACCUUUGGAUUCAAAGACAUAUGUUCCUGUUGAUUCCACAACUGCUGCAGUUCCUACUGAUCUGUCAGUUACAACUCUUUCUCCGGGUUAUUUCAUCAGUGGGGUUCCUAAUGGUCUGACAAGCACAACUGCUAAUAUUGGACCAGUUAUCACUAAAGAAACUUUGGAUUCAUCAUAUACAUCUGUUCCUAUUGAUUCAACAACUGACACAGUUCCUGAAUAUGGGUCAAGCACAACUGUUCCUCUAGAUCAAUCAAGCAAUGUAGUUCUCACUAGCCUAUUAACCACAACAGCUGCUUCUGAUCAGUCAAGCACAACUGCACCUAAUGGUCCUAUCACCACUAUAGAUCUUUUGAGUUCAUCAAAGACAUCUGUUCCUAACAAUUCCACAGCCACUGCAGUUCCUAAUGAUUUGUCUAGCACAACUGCUGAUAAUGGACCAGUCACCAAUAAAGAACCUUUGGAUUCAUCAAACACAUCUGUUCCUAUUGAUUCCGCAACUGCUGCAGAUCCUGCAUAUCAGUCAAGCAUAACUGUUCCUAUAGACCAAUCAAGCAAUGUAGUUCUUAAUCCAUUAACUGCAACAGUUCCUAACGUUCAGUCAAGUACAACUGCACAUAAUGGUCCCAUCACCACUAAGGAUAUUUUGGGUUCAUCAAAGCCAUCUGUUCCUGAUGAUUUUACAACUCCUGCGGGUCCUAUUGAUCUGUCAAGCACAGCUCUUUCUCCAGACCAUUCAAGCAAUGCAGUUCCUAAUGAUUUGUCCAUCGCAACUGCUGAUAAUGGACAGGUAACGACUAAAGAAGCUUUGUAUUCAAAAACAUCUGUUCUUAUUGAUUCCACAACUGCUUCAGUUGCUGCAGAUCAAUCAAGCACAAUUGUUCCUCUAGACCAAUCAAGCAAUGCAGUUCUUUCUAGUCUAUUAACCACAACCGCUGCUUCUGAUCAGUUGAGCAUAACUGCACCUAAUGGUCCAAUCACCACUAAACCUCUAUUGAGUUCAAAGACAAAUGUUCCUGAUGACUACACAACUGCUCCAUUUCCUACUGAUUUGUCAAGCACAACUCUUUCACCAGGGCAUUCAAUCAGUGGAUUUCCCAGUGAUCUAUCAAGCACAACUGCUAAUAGUAGACCAGUCACUACUAAAGAAAAUUUGGAUUCAUCAUAUACAACUGUUCCUAUUGAUUUCAUAACUGCUACAGUUCCUGAAUAUGAGUCAAGCACAAAAGAUCCUCUAGACCAAUCAAGCAAUGUUUUGUCAAGCACAACUGCUAAUAAUGGACCACUCACCACUAAAGAACCUUUGGAUUCAAAAGCAUAUGUUCCUUUUGAUUCCACAACUGCUGCAGUUCUGAAAGGUCUGUCAAUCGCAACUGUUCCUCUAGAUCAAUCAAGCAACAUAGUUAUUCCUGGUGUAAUAACCACAACAGCUGCUUCUGAUCAGUCAAGUACAAAUUCACCUAAUGGUCCCAUCACCACUAAAGAUCUUUUGAGUUCUGAGAUAUCAGUCCCUGCUAAUUCCACAACCGCUCCAGUUCCUGCAGGUCAGUCAAGCACAACUCUUUCCACAGGCCAUUCAGUCAGUGGAGUUCCUAAUGAUCUGCCAAGCACAACUGCUAAUAAUGGACCCAUCACGAGUCAGAAAACUUUGGAUUCAAAGCCAUAUGUUCCUGUUGAUUCCACAACUGCUGCAGUUCCUACUGAUCUGUCAGUUACAACUCUUUCUCCAGGUUAUUUCAUCAGUGGGGUUCCUAAUGCUUUGACAAGCACAACUGCUAAUAAUGGACCAGUUACCUCUAAAGAAACUUUGGAUUCAUCAUAUACAUCUGUUCCUAUUGAUUCAACAACUGACACAGUUCCUGAAUAUGGGUCAAGUGCAACUGUUUCUCUAGAUCAAUCAAGCAAUGUAGUUCUCCCUAGCCUAUUAACCACAACAGCUGCUUCUGAUCAGUCAAGCACAACUGCACCUAAUGGUCCUAUCACCACUAUAGAUCUUUUGAGUUCAUCAAAGACAUCGGUUCCUAACAAUUCCACAGCCACUGCAGUUCCUAAUAGUCUGUCUAGCACAACUGCUGAUAAUGGACCAGUCACCAGUAAAGAACCUUUGGAUUCAUCAAACACAUCUGUUCCUAUUGAUUCCGCAACUGCUGCAGUUCCUGCAUAUCAGUCAAGCAUAACUGUCCCUAUGGACCAAUCAAGCAAUGUAGUUCUUAAUCCAUUAACUCCAACAGUUCCUAAUGUUCAGUCAAGUACAAUUGAACAUAAUGGUUCCAUCACCACAAAGGAUAUUUUGGGUUCAUCAAAGCCAUCUGUUCCUGGUGAUUUUACAACUGCUGCGGGUCCGAUUGAUCUGUCAAGCACAGCUCUUUCUCCAGACCAUUCAAGCAAUGCAGUUGCUAAUGAUUUUUCCCUUGCAACUGCUGAUAAUGGACAGGUAACGACUAAAGAAGCUUUGUAUUCAAAGACAUCUGUUCUUAUUGAUUCCACAACUGCUUCAGUUGCUGCAGAUCAACCAAGUACAAUUGUUCCUCUAGACCAAUCAAGCAAUGCAGUUCUUUCUAGUCUAUUAACCACAACAGCUGCUUCUGAUCAGUUGAGCAUAACUGCACCUAAUGGUCCAAUCACCACUAAACCUCUAUUGAGUUCAAAGACAAAUGUUCCUGAUGAUUCCACAACUGCUCCAUUUCCUACUGAUUUGUUAAGCACAACUCUUUCACCAGGGCAUUCAAUCAGUGGAGUUCCAAGUGAUCUAUCAAGCACAACUGCUAAUAAUAGACCAGUCACUAAUAAAGAAAAUUUGGAUUCAUCAUAUACAACUGUUCCUAUUGAUUUCACAACUGCUACAGUUCCUGAAUAUGAGUCAAGCACAAAAGAUUCUCUAGACCAAUCACUCAAUGUUUUGUCAAGCACAACUGCUAAUAAUGGACCACUCACCAAUAAAGAACCUUUGGAUUUAAAAACAUAUGUUCCUGUUGAUUCCACAACUGCUGCAUUUCCGACAGGUCAGUUAAGCGCAACUCUUCGUGCUAGUGUAAUAAUCACAACAGCUGCUUCUGAUCAGUCAAGUACAAAUUCACCUAAUGGUCCCAUCACUACUAAAGAUCUUUUGAGUUCUGAGAUAUCAGUCCCUGCUAAUUCCACAACUGCUCCAGUUCCUGCAGGUCAGUCAAGCACAACUCUUUCCACAGGCCAUUCAGUCAGUGGAGUUCCUAAUGAUCUGCCAAGCACAACUGCUAAUAAUGGACCCAUCAUGAGUCAAGAACCUUUGUAUUCAAAGACAUCUGUUCUUAUUGAUUCCACAACUGCUUCAGUUGCUGCAGAUCAAUCAAGCACAAUUGUUCCUCUAGACCAAUCAAGCAAUGCAGUUCUUUCUAGUCUAUUAACCACAACAGCUGCUUCUGAUCAGUUGAGCAUAACUGCACCUAAUGGUCCAAUCACCACUAAACCUCUAUUGAGUUCAAAGACAAAUGUUCCUGAUGAUUACACAACUGCUCCAUAUUCUACUGAUCUGUCAAGCACAACUCUUUCACCAGGGUAUUCAAUCAGUGGAGUUCCAAAUGAUAUAUCAAGCACAACUGCUAAUAAUGGACCAGUCACUACUAAAGAAAAUCUGGAUUCAUCGUAUACAACUGUUCCUAUUUAUUUCACAACUGCUGCAGUUCCUGAAUAUGAGUCAAGCACAAAAGAUCCUCUAGACCAAUCAAGCAAUGUUUUCUCAAGCACACCUGCUAAUAAUGUACCACUCACCACUAAAGAACCUUUGAAUUCAAAAACAUAUGUUCCUGUUGAUUCCACAACUGCUGCAGUUCCGACGGGUCAGUCAAGCGCAACUGUUUCUCUAGAUCAAUCAAGCAACAUAGUUAUUCCUAGUGUAAUAAUCACAACAGCUGCUUCUGAUCAGUCAAGUACAAAUGCACCUAAUGGUCCCAUCACCACUAAAGAUCUCAUGAGUUCUGAGACAUCAGUCCCUGCUAAUUCCACAACUGCUCCAGUUCAUGCAGAUCAGUCAAGCACAACUCUUUCUCCAGGUCAUUCAGUCAGUGGAGUUCCUACUGCUGACAAUGGACCAAUCUCCAGUCAAGAACCUUUGGAUUCAAAGACAUAUGUACCUGUUGUUUCCACAACUGCUGCAGUUCCUACUGAUCUGUCAGUUACAACUCUUUCUCCGGGUUAUUUCAUCAGUGGGGUUGCUAAUAGUCUAACAAGCACAACUGCUAAUAUUGGACCAGUUAUCACUAAAGAAACUUUGGAUUCAUCAUAUACAUCUGUUCCUAUUGAUUCAACAACUGACACAGUUCCCGAAUAUGGGUCAAGCACAACUGUUCCUCUAGAUCAAUCAAGCAAUGUAGUUCUCCCUAGCCUAUUAACCACAACAGCUGCUUCUGAUCAGUCAAGCACAACUGCUAAUAAUGGACCAGUUACCUCUAAAGAAACUUUGGAUUCAUCAUAUACAUCUGUUCUUAUUGAUUCCACAACUGCUUCAGUUGCUGCAGAUCAAUCAAGCACAAUUGUUCCUCUAGACCAAUCAAGCAAUGCAGUUCUUUCUAGUCUAUUAACCACAACAGCUGCUUCUGAUCAGUUGAGCAUAACUGCACCUAAUGGUCCAAUCACCACUAAACCUCUAUUGAGUUCAAAGACAAAUGUUCCUGAUGAUUACACAACUGCUCCAUAUUCUACUGAUCUGUCAAGCACAACUCUUUCACCAGGGCAUUCAAUCAGUGGAGUUCCAAAUGAUAUAUCAAGCACAACUGCUAAUAAUGGACCAGUCACUACUAAAGAAAAUCUGGAUUCAUCGUAUACAACUGUUCCUAUUUAUUUCACAACUGCUGCAGUUCCUGAAUAUGAGUCAAGCACAAAAGAUCCUUUAGACCAAUCAAGCAAUGUUUUCUCAAGCACACCUGCUAAUAAUGGACCACUCACCACUAAAGAACCUUUGAUUUCAAAAACAUAUGUUCCUGUUGAUUCCACAACUGCUGCAAUUCCGACAGGUCAGUCAAGCGCAACUGUUUCUCUAGAUCAAUCAAGCAACAUAGUUCUUUCUAGUGUAAUAAUCACAACAGCUGCUUCUGAUCAGUCAAGUACAAAUGCACCUAAUGGUCCCAUCACCACUAAAGAUCUCUUGAGUUCUGAGACAUCAGUCCCUGCUAAUUCCACAACUGCUCCAGUUCAUGCAGGUCAGUCAAGCACAACUCUUUCUCCAGGCCAUUCAGUCAGUGGAGUUCCUACUGCUGAUAAUGGACCAAUCACCAGUCAAGAACCUUUGGAUUCAAAGACAUAUGUACCUGUUGUUUCCACAACUGCUGCAGUUCCUACUGAUCUGUCAGUUACAACUCUUUCUCCGGGUUAUUUCAUCAGUGGGGUUCCUAAUGGUCUAACAAGCACAACUGCUAAUAUUGGACCAGUUAUCACUAAAGAAACUUUGGAUUCAUCAUAUACAUCUGUUCCUAUUGAUUCAACAACUGACACAGUUCCCGAAUAUGGGUCAAGCACAACUGUUCCUCUAGAUCAAUCAAGCAAUGUAGUUCUCCCUAGCCUAUUAACCACAACAGCUGCUUCUGAUCAGUCAAGCACAACUGCACCUAAUGGUCCUAUCACCACUAUAGAUCUUUUGGUUUCAUCAAAGACAUCUGCUCCUAACAAUUCCACAGCCACUGCAGUUCCUAAUGAUUUGUCUAGCACAACUGCUGAUAAUGGACCAGUCACCAAUAAAGAACCUUUGGAUUCAUCAAACACAUCUGUUCCUAUUGAUUCCGCAACUGCUGCAGUUCCUGCAUAUCAGUCAAUAAUAACUGUUCCUAUAGACCAAUCAAGCAAUGUAGUUCUUAAUCCAUUAACUGCAACAGUUCCUAACGUUCAGUCAAGUACAACUGGACAUAAUGGUUCCAUCACCACUAAGGAUAUUUUGGGUUCAUCAAAGCCAUCUGUUCCUGAUGAUUUUACAGCUCCUGCGGGUCCUAUUGAUCUGUCAAGCACAGCUCUUUCUCCAGACCAUUCAAGCAAUGCAGUUCCUAAUGAUUUGUCCAUCGCAACUGCUGAUAAUGGACAGGUAACGACUAAAGAACCUUUGUAUUCAAAGACAUCUGUUCUUAUUGAUUCCACAACUGCUUCAGUUGCUGCAGAUCAACCAAGCACAAUUGUUCCUCUAGACCAAUCAAGCAGUGCAGUUCUUUCUAGUCUAUUAACCACAACAGCUGCUUCUGAUCAGUUGAGCAUAACUGCACCUAAUGGUUCAAUCACCUCUAAACCUCUAUUGAGUUCAAAGACAAAUGUUCCUGAUGACUACACAACUGCUCCAUUUCCUACUGAUUUGUCAAGCACAACACUUUCACCGGGGCAUUCAAUCAGUGGUGUUCCCAGUGAUCUAUCAAGCACAACUGCUAAUAAUGGACCAGUCACUACUAAAGAAAAUUUGGAUUCAUCAUAUACAACUGUUCCUAUUGAUUUCAUAACUGCUGCAGUUCCUGAAUAUGAGUCAAGCACAAAAGAUCCUCUAGACCAAUCAAGCAAUGUUUUGUCAAGCACAACUGCUGAUAAUGGACCACUCACCACUAAAGAACCUUUGGAUUCAAAAACAUAUGUUCCUGUUGAUUCCACAACUGUUCUUUCUAGUGUAAUAAUCACAACAGCUGCUUCUGAUCAGUCAAGUACAAAUGCACCUAAUGGUCCCAUCACUACUAAAGAUCAUUUGAGUUCCGAGACAUCAGUUCCUGAUAAUUCCACAACUGCUCCAGUUCCUGCUGGUCAGUCAAGCACAACUCUUUCUCCAGGUCAUUCUGUAAGUGGAGUUCCUAAUGAUUUGCCAAGCACAACUGCUGAUAAUGGACCAAUCACCACUAAAAAAACUUUGGAUUUAAAGACAUAUUUUCCUGUUGUUUCCACAACUGCUGCAGUUCCUACUGAUCUGUCAGUUAAAACUCUUUCUCCAGGUUAUUUCAUCAGUGGGGUUCCUAAUGCUCUGACAAGCACAACUGCUAAUAAUGGACCAGUUACCACUAAAGAAACUUUGGAUUCAUCAUAUACAUCUGCUCCUAUUGAUUCAACAACUGACACAGUUCCUGAAUUUAAGUCAAGCACAACUGUUCCUCUAGAUCAAUCAAGUAAUGCAGUUCUCCCUAGCCUAUUAACCACAACAGCUGCUUCUGAUCAGUCAAGCACAACUGCAUUUAAUGGUCCUAUCACCACUAUAGAUCUUUUGGGUUCAUUAAAGACAUCAGUUCCCAACAAUUCCACAGCCACUGCAGUUCCUAAUGAUCUGUCUAGCACAACUGCUGAUAAUGGACCAGUCACCAAUAAAGAACUUUCGAAUUCAUCAAACACAUCUGUUCCUAUUGAUUCUACAACUGCUGCAGUUCCUGCAUAUCAGUCAAGCAUAACUGUCCCUAUGGACCAAUCAAGCAAUAUAGUUCUUAAUCCACUAAAUGCAACAGUUCCUAAUGCUCAGUCAAGCACAACUGGACCUAAUUAUCCCAUCACCACUAAGGAUAUUUUGGGUUCAUCAAAGCCAUCUGUUCCUGAUGAUUUUACAACUGCUGCGGCUCCUAUUGAUCUGUCAACCACAGCUCUUUCUCCAGACCAUUCAAGCAAUGCAGUUCCUAAUGAUUUGUCUAUCGCAACUGCUGAUAAUGGACAGGUAACGACUAAAGAAGCUUUGUAUUCAAAGACAUCUGUUCUUAUUGAUUCCACAACUGCUUCAGUUGCUGCAGAUCAACCAAGCACAAUUGUUCCUCUAGACCAAUCAAGCAGUGCAGUUCUUUCUAGUCUAUUAACUGCAGUUGCUUCUGAUCAGGUGAGCACAACUGCACCUAAUAGUCUUACAACCUCAAAAGAUCUUUUGGCUUCAAAGACAUCUGUUCCUGAUAAUUCCAUAACCACUGCAGCUCCAACUAAUCUAUCAAGCACAGUUGUUUCUUCAGGUCAUUCAAGCAAUGCAAUCCCUAAUGAUAUGUUAAGUACAACUGCUAAUAAUAAAACAGUAACCACUAAAGAAACUUUAGGUUUUUCAAAGACAUCUAUUCCUGCUGAUUCCACAACUGCAGCUCCUCCAACAGAUAAGUCAAGCACAACAGUUUUUCUAGACCAAUCAAGAAAUGUAGUUGUAUCCAGUCUAUUAACCACAACAGUUUCUAAGGAUCAGCCAAGCACACCUGCACCUAAUGGUUCUCUGACCACUAAAGAUCUUUUGGGUUCAUCAAAGACAUCUGUUCCCUAUGAUUCCACAACCACUGUAGUUCCUACUGAUCUGUCAAGCACAACCCUUUCUCCAGGCCAUCUAAGCAAUGCAGUUCCAAAUGAUCUGUUAAGUACAACUGCUGAUAAUGGACCAGUCACCACUAAAGAACAUUUGGAUUCAAAGACAUCAGUUCUUGCUGAUUCCACAACUGCUGUGGUUCCUGCAAAUCAGCCAAGCACAAUUGUUCCAGUAGACCAAUCAAACAAUGUAGUUCUUCAUAGUCUAUUAACCACAACAGUUGCUUCUGAUAAAUCAACUACAUCUGCACUUAAUAACCCUGUAUCCAGUACAGCUGCCAAUCAGAUUACCACAUCUAUAAUAUUUGCAACCUCAGCACAUUCUAAUGUUGUCACAACCUCAACCACAUCUUCAUCACCAGCAACCACUUAUUCAUCAACUAAAGCAUCUACUGGUUCAGCAAUGCCAGGGGAGGUAUUUGUUGUUCUGCAGAUCCGUUUACAAACACAAUAUAUUGAUGCUUACAAUAACCCUGCUUCCCUGGAGUACCAGAGUCUGUCCAGAAACAUCACUAUUGAGCUGAAUCGACUCUACCAGAACAUUUAUGGAACCCGCUUCCUCAGAUGUUAUGUGAUAAGAUUUUGGCCUGGCUCAGUAGGUGUGGACACACAAAUCAUUUUUCAAAACCAGAAUGUGCUUCCAAACUCAACAAGCAUUGAAAACACUCUGACUACAGCCAUCAUCGACUCAAACGUGUUCCUUCCAGUGAUUCCUUCCAGUAUCAUAAUCGUGGAAUCUCUAGGCUCCAUUAACACCACCAGCCAAACGCAGACAACUGUUCCUACAAAUCAAAUGUCUUCUGCUGUUGCUUCAGUUCUGUCCGGCAUCCUGUUCACACUAUCGCUUUUGCUAUGGACUGAAAUGCUGUAACUCACCAUGUGCCACAUUCAAAGCUAAAAUUAAUUUUGAGCAAUGAUCUGCUAUUGUGAUACUUUGACAUCACUCUUGGUUUUAUGCUUUUAGUUAAAGUCUUUUAAUCUGCUUGCUUUGAUCUUACAAUGAUUAUAAUAUUCCCAAUGGUUGAGUUGAUUGUUGCUUUUAUUUUUCUUCUGUUACAAUGAAUUAUAAAUAAAUACAAGUGCAAAUCAA